UUGUCUGAGAAUCAUCUCAAAAGCUUCGAAGAAAACAAGCUUUGUUCCUCCAUUGGCAAGAGCUCUGCUUUAUCGUCAGAUUCGCCCACGAAGAACCAAUAUGAAGGUGCAUGACACAAGGUCUCAUGCUCACAUGUCAUCCGACGAUAAGAAGGUGAUGGCGAGGAAGCACAAAGCGGAAGGGAAGCUUCCAGAAUCCGACCACUCGCCGAAGAAGGCAAAGCCGGAGAACGGAAACGGCGCCGGAGAUUCCGCCGCCGUGUCGGAGUUCAAAGAAUUCUGCGAAGCUGUGAAGGCGAAUCUAUCCGUUGAGCAGAUGAAACAAGUUCUUGAAUCCAACGGUCAGGAUUCUUCCGGUACACACGACGAAGUAAUAUCUCGAUGCCAAGAUUUGCUCUUCUAUGGAGCAUUAGAGAAGUGUCCUGUGUGUGGAAACGAUGUGUACUGUGACAAUAAGCGCUACUUCUGCAAAUCGGAUAUAAGCGAAUGGUGCAGUUGCGUGUUCAGCACGAAAUCUCCCCCGAGGAAAGAAGAUUCAAUCAAAAUCCCCGAUUCCGUGCUGAAUUCCGCUGUUUCCGAUAUGAUCAAGAAACGCCAGGAUCCGAGCCGGCGGCCGAAACGGGAACUGAGGGCUGCUGAUAAACCCUUUUCGGGAAAGAUGGUUUCUCUCAUGGGACGUCUCACGAGAACACAUCAAUACUGGAAGAAAAAGAUCGAAAGGCAUGGCGGAAAAGUGACCAACUCUAUUCAAGGUGUGACUUGUCUGGUCGUUUCGCCUGCGGAAAGAGAGCGAGGAGGCUCGCCCAAGUUGGUGGAAGCAAUGGAACGGAAUAUUCCGGUUGUGAGUGAGGCGUGGUUGAUCGAUAGCAUAGAGAAACAGGAAGUGCAACCUCUCGAGGCAUAUGAUGUGGUUAGCGAUCUCUCGGUUGCAGGGAAAGGAAUUCCCUGGGACAAGCAAGAUUCGAGCCAGGAAGCUCUGGAAUUGUUAUCAGGAGAGCUGAAAAUGUACGGAAAGAGGGCAGUAUACAAAGACACUCGGCUUCGAGAAAGAGGAGGAAAGAUUCUCGAGAAAGAUGGGCUUUUGUACAACUGCGCGUUCUCCAUUUGCGACUUGGGAAAAGGGCGUAACGAAUAUUGUAUUAUGCAACUCAUAACGGUGCCGGAGAGUAACCUGAAUUUGUACUUCAAGAGAGGAAAAGUAGGAGACGACCCCAACGCUGAAGAGCGGCUCGAGGAAUGGGAAGACACUGAGGCUGCGAUCAGAGAGUUCUCGAGGCUUUUCGAGGAAGUAACGGGAAAUGAAUUCGAGCCUUGGGAACGGGAGAAGAAGAUUCAGAAGAAGCCGCAUAAAUUUUUCCCUAUUGACAUGGACGACGGGGUUGAGGUGAGACACGGGGCUCUCGGUCUUAGGCAGCUCGGUGUUGCGGCUGCUCAUUGCAAGCUCGAUUCAUUCGUUGCGAACUUCAUGAAAGUGAUAUGUAGUCAAGAGAUCUACAAGUAUGCGUUAAUGGAGUUAGGAUUGGAUCCACCUGAUCUUCCUAUAGGAAUGGUGACCGAUCUCCACUUGAAACGAUGUGAGGAGGUGUUGCUCGAGUUUAUCGAGAAGUUCAAAACGACGACAGAAACGGGUCAAAAGGCCACGGCCUUGUGGGCGGAUUUUAGUUCGCGGUGGUUCAGUCUUUUGCAUGUGACGAGGCCGAUGAUCUUACACGACUUCCAUGAACUUGCAGAGCAUGGGGCAGCCGUGUUCGAGACUGUACGGGAUAUUAACGUGGCUUCUCGUGUCAUUGGGGACAUGGGUGCGGAUACUCUUGACGACCCGUUAUCCGAUCGGUACAAUAAACUCGGCUGCAAAAUUUCCGUGGUGGACAAAGAAUCCGAAGACUAUAAGAUGAUUGUGAAGUACUUGGAGACAACGUAUGAGCCUGUCCGAGUGGCUGAUGUUGAGUAUGGUGUCUCGGUCGAGAACAUUUUUUCCGUUGAGUCGGACGCUAUGCCGUCGUUGGAUGAAAUCAAGAAGCUUCCGAACAAGGUUCUCUUGUGGUGUGGAUCUCGAAGCUCGAAUCUACUAAGACACGUCUACAAAGGAUUCUUACCGGCUGUCUGUUCUCUCCCCGUCCCGGGUUACAUGUUCGGGAAAGCGAUAGUUUGUUCCGACGCUGCAGCCGAAGCUGCAAGGUAUGGCUUUACUGCGGUUGACAGACCAGAAGGGUUCCUCAUCCUGGCCGUGGCAUCGCUCGGAGAGAAAAUAACGGAACUCACCAGUCCGCCUGAGGACACGAAAUCGUUGGAAGAGAAAAAGAUGGGAGUGAAAGGGUUAGGGAGGAAGAAGACGGAAGAAUCCACACACUUUGUCUGGGGAGACGACAUCAAAGUACCGUGUGGUCGGUUAGUUCCUUCGGAACACAAAGACAGUCCUCUCGAGUUCAACGAGUACGCAGUCUACGACCCGAAACAGACGAGCAUAAGGUUCUUGGUGGGAGUGAAGUACGAGGAAAAGCGAGCCGAAUACGUAGACGUCGAGCCACAGUAGCUGUGGGAAAGAUCAUACGGACGAUGAAGAAUCGAAGGACAGAGAACAGAGAUGUUCGAUUUUUGGUUUGGUCGGAGAAAAAGCCACUUUGAUCGUUUUCUGAUGAACCGCUGUCAUGUCUUUUGGUUGGUCUCUUGGGUUUUUUUUUUUUUGGUCUGUGGAAAGGAAAAUUGGAAAGCUUUUGCUCAGACACGUCAAUGGCUUCUUCUUCUUCGUGUCGCCUGGUUUUUUUUUUUUUUUUUUUUUUUUUUUGGCUUUGUGUAUAUAAAGGUCAGACUGUACUUUUCUGUACCUCCCUCACGGUUUUUUUUAAGAAAAAACAAAGAAACAAGUUCAGGGAAAAAAAUCUGAUUUUCCGAA